AUGAACGCGCUCAACAUCCUAUCGGGACUGAGUCCUAGUCCUGCACCCACGCCUCCGGCCACUCCGUCCCGCUCGCGUACAGGCAGCACCAGCAAUGACGACCACUCGCACUCGCACUCGCACCCCUCGCCCUUUGGAAAGCCUUCCUAUUUCGAUUCCUUCGACAGUCCUCCUGCCUCGCCGACCACUUCCUCGCCAACAUCGCCAUGGCUCCUUCCGUCCCGCAUAGCCUCAAUGCUCAUAGCCGCUCUGAAGGCCAUCCUCAACUUCGUCAUCCUGCCCUUCCAGUACCUCGUCGCUGCCUUUUACGACACAGACGGCAAAUUCUCACUCCUCAUACCAAUGCGAUCCAUGCGCCGCUUGUUCUCUCCUCAACCCGGUGAAGCCACAACCGAUCUUCCACCCACAAAGCCACAGACACGCCCGCGGGGCACCUCUAUGGAAUCCACCGCUUCCUCAAUACUCUCCGACUCUGACGAAUCUCUUGCUCCCUACGACAAAGGUCCGUCCAGUAACACUCGCUCAAAGUCCUCGGCUUCAAAGGACGAGAUAGCCCCUGCCAAACGUUCUAUUCGCAUCAAGCUGCACAACAACGAGGACGCCCUCCGCCGUAGACGUCAACGCAAGCCCACAGAUGCAGACAAGUCCGAACAAGAUAAGGUCGCCGCUGUCGCAAACUCGUUGAAAUCUCCCUCCAACUCGGCCGCCACAAAGCUCAAGUACCCGCGAGCCCCUGCCCCUCCACGCCCGCUCGUUCCUAGGCGACAACCCUCCUAUGUCAUGACUUAUAAUCCCGACCCGCCAAAGAAGACCCUCAUCAUCGAUCUGGAUGAGACCUUGAUUCACAGUAUGGCCAAGGGUGGGAGGAUGAGCACUGGUCACAUGGUCGAAGUCAAGUUCCAGGGUCCUAUAGGAGGGAAUGGCAUGGUACUCGGGCCCCAGGUACCUAUCUUGUACUACGUACACGAGCGUCCAUAUUGUCACGACUUCUUACGCAAGGUUUGCAAGUGGUAUAACCUUAUUGUUUUCACUGCAUCAGUACAGGAAUACGCAGAUCCUGUCAUCGACUGGCUGGAACGCGAACGUAAAUAUUUCAGCGGCAGAUACUAUCGUCAACAUUGCACUUUUCGCAAUGGCGCAUACAUCAAGGACUUAACACAGGUCGAACCCGAUUUGAGCAAAGUCAUGAUUCUCGACAACAGUCCUAUGAGCUAUAUAUUCCAUGAAGACAACGCCAUCCCGAUAGAAGGCUGGAUAAGCGAUCCCACGGAUAACGACCUUUUGCAUCUGGUUCCCUUGCUAGAAGGCUUACAGUACGUGACGGAUGUACGUGCUCUUUUGGCAUUACGGCUUGGACAAGCGGAACGGGCAUGA